AUGCCUAAAAGAAGUUCUUCUGGAGGUAGAAAGACAUCAUUGAAGAUAUUUAUAUUGCAAUUACUAUGGAUAGGAUUCUUUAUAAUAUUAAUAUUGGGUGGAUUAUCAGAUUUAAUAUUAUAUUAUGAUAUAAAAAGAAUGGUGUUAAAUGUAUUUAUACUAUUAAGUGGAAUAAUAAGUUUAUUAGCAGAAGCAUAUUGCUUUAAAUUUUAUUCAUAUAUAUUAUUUAUCUAUACUCCAAUAGGCCGUGGAUUGUUUAUGGUUGUAUUAUCAUCUUUAAAUUUGAAUGACAAUUUAUAUUCAUUAAUAAUUAGUUCCAUAUUAUUUUUUAAUUCAAUAAUAUAUUUAUUAAUAUCAGUAAUAUUUGGAGGAAUUAAUAAGCCAUUAUUUAAUAAUUCAUUAAAACAUGAGUUAAAUUUGAAUGCAUUAGUAUAUUUUAUUAAUGAUAAUUCAAAUAUUACUACUUACUCUUCUGAAGCAACUAAAGGGCAUAGUAAUUCUAAUAGAAGAAGGCAUGUUCAGAAUGACUCUAUAUUAAACAAUAAAUCCGAAAUUAUUCAUCAUAAUCAUCAUAAGAAUAAUAAUUAUAAUCACAAUCAUAGUCAUAGUCAUAGUCAUAGUCAUAGCCAUAAUCAUGAUCAUAACCAUCACCGUAGUCACCAUCAACACCAUAAAUAUUAUGAUGGUAAUCAAGAAGAACAUCAUCAUCAAAAUUCUAAGCAUAAACACAAUAAUCAUAAAAGUCACAUUAAACACGAAUCUAGUAAUAAUCAUCAAGAACAAAAAGAAAUUAUUAAUUUGGAAUAA